AUGUCAUUUAAAGGAAUUAAGAAGGGGAUCCUUAGAACACCACAGACUAUUCGUCAGAAAUUCAACAUGGGUGAAAUCACCCAUGAUGCUGUGUACGAAGAUGCCGAAAGACGUUUCAAAGAAAUUGAAAUUGAAACAAAGAAGUUGAGUGAUGAGUCUAAAAAGUACUUCAAUGCUGUCAAUGGUAUGUUGGACAACCAGAUAGAGUUUGCCAAAGCUGUUGCUGAAAUUUACAAGCCUAUUAGUGGAAGAUUGUCUGAUCCAAACGCCACUGUUCCCGAGGAUAAUCCAGAUGGUAUUACUGCAUCUGAACAAUACCAGGAUGUUGUCAAAGAAUUGAAGGAAACUUUGAAACCAGACUUGGAACUUAUUGAUAAAAGAAUUGUUCAACCGGCGCAAGAAUUGUUGACCAUUGUUGCUAGUAUACGAAAAACCCUGAAGAAGAGAGACCACAAACAAUUGGAUUUGGAUCGUCACAAAAGAACAUUCACCAAAUAUGAGAGCAAGGCCGAAAGAACUGCAAAGGAAGAAGAAAAAAUGUAUGCUGCUCAAGCUGAACUCGAAAUUGCCGAACAAGAAUACGAAUAUUAUAAUCAAACUCUUAAGGAUGAAUUGCCAAUUCUUUUUCAAAUGCAAUCCCAAUUCAUCAAGCCUUUGUUUGAGAGUCUUUAUUUCAUGCAACUUUCUAUUUUUUAUACUCUUUACAUUCGAAUGGAAGAGUUGAAAAUCCCAUAUUUUGAUUUGACUUCCGAUAUUCUUGAAGCAUACAAUCUCAAGAAAGGUAACAUUGAAGAACAAACUGAUGCUAUUGGUAUUACUCAUUUCAAGGUUGGUCAUGCUAAGGCUAAGUUAGAGGCCACAAGAAGACGUCACGCUGCCAUGAACUCUCCACCACCUUCCGCUGCUGCUGGUGCUGGUGUUGCCACUGCUGGUGUUGCCACUGCUGGUUCUGCCCAGGAACUUCCAGCGUACACUCAAGGUGGAUAUACUCAACCUGUUGGUGACAACAAGUAUCAAGCUCCAGGUACUCCAGCUUCCGCAACUCCACCUGCUUAUUCACCUGUUGGUGGUGCUCCUGUUGGUGCUCCUGCAGCCGCAGUAGCCGCUCCAGCACAAACAUGUACUGCUUUGUAUGAUUACACUGCUCAAGCUCAAGGUGACUUGACUUUCCCAGCUGGAGCUGUCAUCGAAAUUGUUGAAAGAACAGCCGAUGCUAAUGGUUGGUGGACCGGUAGAUAUAAUGGACAAGUUGGUGUUUUCCCAGGUAACUAUGUUCAAUUGUAA